GUUGGGGGGGGAGAGAGGCACGAAGAUGGCGGCGGUGAGUUCCGCGAAGUCCGCUGGCGCUGCACCCGGGAAGACGGAGAGGCACAGGGGCCGAGGCGGACCGAUGGAAGGCGCCGCCUCUGCCGCUCGGCUCCUCACGCAGGAGGAGGCCCGGUGCCCCGUGUGCUCGGAGAUCUUUCUGGAGCCGGUGACCAUGCCCUGCAGGCACUCGGUGUGCCUACCGUGUUUCAGGCGGACGGUGGAGCAAAGCGCCCUGCGCUGCUGUCCGCUAUGCCGGCUGCGCGUGUCCGGCUGGGCCCGCAGGCAGUCCCGCGAGAAGUCGCUGGUGAACGCCGAGCUGUGGGACAUGGUCCGCCGCAGCUACCCGGAGCGCUGCGAGCGGAGGAUGGAGCAGGAGAAGGCGGAGGCCGUGGGAGGAGGAGUAAUAUUCCGAGCUCCUGUCCACAUUUGUAAGCCUGGAGAAAUUCAGCAAGAAUAUGAAAAGAAAAAGAAAAAGGGUGAAAAGGAGAAAGGUGAAAAGGCAUCUGGGCAGGCUAUCCAGAAGAUUUUAGAGGGUGACUGGAGACAAGUGGACGGAGAGCGACAGAAAAAGACUUUCCUCAGAUGUGAGGAGCUGGCACCAAUAGAUAUGAGUGAGGAGAAGCGACGGGUGCAGCUCCACCAUAUAGAGGAGGAAGGUGGAAUACCAAAGUACUUUCAAGACUCUCAUGGAGUGUUGUCAGAUUCUGAAAAUGAGGAGCCCAUUGGAAAAAGGACACGACAUGUGUCUGCGUUUGUCCGCAAAACCAGAAACUCACCAGCCUCCAGUCGAAUUCUCCAAAACCAUGCGGUGCAAAGAAGCAGGAGCUGUACAGAUACUGAAGAAGACAGGCGAAAGAACAGCUGUCCCUUACAGCUUAAUAUCGCACCCAAGACCUAUAUUGCCUAUAGCCACAACGCUGGAAUUCUGUUAUCCUCUGAAAACAGCCGAUCCCUGUCUGCUCCUGUACUUUUUCCUGACAAAAAGCAUCCAUGGCGAAGUGUUUCUGCUACAGCCAACACCUUUGUGGCGCCUCAAGCCAAACCAGAGAGGUCCAUCAGCCCUGAGAGCAAUGACAGCAUUUCAGAGGAGUUGAAUCACUUCAAACCAAUCGUCUGCUCACCCUGCACCCCUCCGAAAAGGCUUCCAGAUGGGCGAGUCCUGGAACCCACCAUUGUGAAGUCUACACCAAGAAACCUAAGCCGCAGUUUGCAAAAGCCCACCAGCUAUGAGGCAAGUCCCACCAUUCUUCAAAAAUGGAAGCAAAUUGAGAUUGAUCGGCAGGUGACCUCCAAGGGAACCAUCACGAGUCCAUUCACUGAGGACUUUACCCAGGGACAAAGCCCUGGGGAGAAGGGUAAAAUCAGCGAGACAUCUUUGGAAAAGAACGUACUGAAGGAUUGCUUGACUGUUUCCACACCAAAAAUUGAUACCUCUGGACACGAAAUAGUGAAAACUUGUAACAAGCGGAGGUUGAUAUUUGAUCGACUCACUGGGGAAUCAAGCAUUUCUGUCACACAAGUCAACAAGACCUGUACCCCAAUAGUGGACCACUGCACAUGCAUUGCUGGUGACUCGCUUCAAGGAGUAGAGAUUGCAUCUAUUGCAUAUAGUGGACCAAUAUCAACACUUGCAGAUAAAAAAGAUGUAGAAGUGGCAGUGUGCAAUCAAAAACUGACAGAUGUGCUAGACAAGAGUACAGUGUCAAAUCCCAGAAAUAGUAUCAAGAGCACACCUACCUCAAGGAAGGGCAGGAAGAGAAGCCAAAAGACUAAGCAUUUGGAGGAAGCUAGGGCUCCAAAAAAGCCCAAGUCCCUGGAUGAAGAUAGCCUUGUUACAGAGACCGAUGAGAAUUCCUUUCUUGAACGUCGUGUGCAACAGGAAAAGGAGGACCAUAAACUGGCACUAAAGCUGCAAAGACAGUUCAAUAAGGAGUGUCAAAAAGUGGACAGACGAAAGAUCAGCCCUGAGAGGUACCUUCUUCGGUCUUGGGUCUCAACUGACUGUCACUCGGAGUAUAAUCCAAGAAGGUCAGGAAGAACUUCCAAAAAGAAAGAGCACUUUAACUAGAACUGUUAAGAUGUUGUUGGUCUGUGACUUAAAUCAGUCAGCAAUAUCUCUUUUACUCUUCUUUUUAAUAGUGAAUAUGGAUAUCUCCACUGAUUCCCAUGUUACUGCCGGAGUCAAUGACAAAAUUUGAAAUAGUUAUACAUGAUGAAGAAAACAUAAAAUAU